CUCACUCGCUCUAUCUGGACGCGGUCGCUAUGAACAACGUGGUAACAAAACGCCAAAAGAAUCCUGUUGUCUUGUCAAACUUGUGCUGCUGUCGGAACGCGAGACGAGUGCUGAUUGUUAGCUAGCGCACAGCUAAGGAUGCAAAGUAUCCCUCAAAGCCUCCCCGUAAAAGUCCAUAAUCGUGUCCUCUGCUGUCCUGUAACCGUCGACAAGGCGCUGCUGUUUACGAGUUUUUAAAAAAUGCACCUUUCCCUUAAAAAAAAAAAAGAAUGUCAGCAGGUAAAAUCUUCAACCUGUAGUGGUAAAGCAUUAAUUUGCAAGCACUGGGUAAGGUUAAUUUGAUAAGUGACGUGAGAUAUAAAGCAGAGCAGCGCUCUGCUCGGGUCCGGCUCGAUAAUGACGCUCCAUGUCGCCUGUCCGCACGCAGGACAUCAGGCGGUUCUUUGCACCGACUUCAGACAAGUCUGCGGUGCAGAAAACCCCUCCAACUGAACACGUCAAAACAGAAAAGAAGAAGAAGAAGAAGAAGAAUCCUCUCUCUUCGGACGAGGAAGUGAAGAAGAAAGAGGUCGCCAAGGCGAAAAGCUCCAAACCAGAGGAGAAAAAGGAUAGUGAUAAGAAACGAAAGAAGCAUGCAGUCAUAGAAUCUGACUCUGAAGAUGAGAAGCCAGUGAGGAAGACCAGGAAGUCACCGAAAGAGAAACGGACAACAAGGAAACCGGAGCCGCCCCCCAAAAAAGAUCCUGUGCAGUAUGUCUCUGAAACAGACUCAGACAGUGACAACUUUCAGUCUUUGAAGAAGGCCUCCAAACCCAAGCAGAAUAGCGCGGCCAAACAGACCAGACCAGAUGCGGCUGUUGCUCGUCCACAAGUCAAAGGGGGGCUCAAGUCCCCGCCCAAGCCCUCCACCACACAGGGGAAAGCUGCGGCGAAGUCUCCCGUCACCCCAAAGUCCACUCCGCCUCCUCCCCUCAAACAAACGCACACCUCGGUACUCGACUACUUCGGCAACGCGGCUGUUCAGCGCUCUGAUAAGAAGCUGGUAGCCAGCACCAAGCGAAAGGCCCCAAUUCAGGAAGACGAUGAUCUGCUGAGCGAUGAGCAGAUUGCCAAACAGCUGCAGAUGGAUGAGGACUUGAUGGAGCUUGAAAAGCAGGUGCAUGAGGACGAGGAAUUUGCCAGAACUUUGGCAUUGCUGGAUGAGGAGCCUCAAGCUAAGAAGGCUCGUAAAGACUCUGACGAAAAACCUGCCGCUCCUGCAUUUCCCAAACCGAGCCCCUCAAAGACCAACCGGAGGGGCAGCGCGUCGGAGGAUGCGAUAGGCCCGACUCCGAAAAAGGACCCUGCACCCGUCAAAGUCAGCUCCAAACUGGCCACGAUGAAGAAAAAGAACGAGGAGCAAGAUGCUGGGUCAAAGGGCAAAACGCCAGCUACGCCCACAAAAAUAAAAAUCUCUCCCAAAAAGGAUCCCCUCCCUUCGUCUGGCAAAAAGAACAUCCCCAAAGCGGGAACCACACCUAUCGCCGUUAAAACCUCUCCGAUGAAGAUAGAGAGUACCAGUCCCGAGGGGGCAGACAAGAAGAAGGUCAACUCUGCAGCUUUCAGGAACUUCCUCAACAGAGAUGGACCCCGAGCUCUAGGCUCCAAGGAAAUCCCUCUGGGUGCAGAGAACUGUUUGGAGGGCUGCAUGUUUGUGCUGACGGGGGUCAUGGAGUCCAUGGAGAGGGAUGAUGCCAAAUCCCUUAUCGAACGCUACGGAGGCAAGGUGACGGUCAGCAUCAGCAAGAAGACCACCUACCUGGUGCAGGGCCGAGACAGCGGAGUAUCCAAGCUCGAGAAGGCGGAGAGUUUCGGUACAAAGAUCCUCGAUGAGGAUGGUCUGUUGGAGCUGAUCAGAACCAAACCAGGGAAGAAGUCCAAGUACGAGAUCACUGCAGAGAACCAAGCCUCAAAGACCAAGACUCCCCCCGGCCCAAAGAGCACCCCCAAAUCCCAGAAGAUCUCUCCCUCCAAGGGCAAUUCCCAGUCCCCUCACACCCCAAGCCCGUCAAAGACCGGCCAGGCCCCGGGGGCCGGGCCCAGAAAUGACGGCACUCCACCUGGCAGACGCUCGGGACCAACGGCCCGCCGGGAGCUCGGCCUUUCCUCGUCCUCCUCAUCCCCGGGGACAUCAUCAGCGGCCAUGGACGACGCCACUCUGCUGUGGGUGGACAAGUACCGCCCGCGCUCUCUGAAGACCGUGAUUGGUCAACAGGGUGAUCAGAGUUGUGCCAAUAAGCUGCUCCGCUGGCUGCGGAACUGGAACAAACACCACAGCGGGGGCUCCUCCAAGCCAGCAGCUGCGAGGUUUGGUAAGUCUGGAGGAGGGAAAGAUGAUGGAUCAGCAUUUAAAGCUGCUCUGCUCUCUGGACCUCCGGGCGUGGGGAAGACCACCACAGCAGCUCUAGUCUGUGAGGAGUUGGGCUUGAGCUACGUGGAGAUGAACGCCAGCUGCACCCGCAGCAAAAACAGUCUGAAGGAAGUGGUCGCGGAGUCACUCAGCAACACGAGCAUCGAGGGCUUCUACAAAGGCACUUCUAAUAAAGUGAGCAGUGAACACGUGCUGAUCAUGGAUGAGGUUGAUGGCAUGGCCGGCAACGAAGACCGUGGAGGAAUACAGGAGAUGAUCGGCCUGAUCAAACAUUCAAAGAUUCCCAUCAUCUUCAUGUGCAAUGACCGUAACCACCAGAAGAUCAGGUCACUGGCCAACUACUGCUUCGAUCUGCGCUUCCAGAGGCCACGAGUGGAGCAGAUCAAGGGAGCAAUGAUGUCCCUCGCCUACAAAGAGGGAAUCAAGAUCCCGCCCCCGGCUCUUAAUGAAAUCAUCCUAGCGUCCAAUCAGGACGUCCGACAGGUGAUCCACAACCUGAGCAUGUGGUCGGCCAAAGACAAGGUGAUGACGUAUGACCAGUGCAAGUCGGAUGCGGCCAGCGCCCGCAAGGACACCAAGCUGGGGCCGUUUGAUGUUUGCAGGAAGGUGUUCAGCUCGGGGGAGGACAGCGCCCACAUGAGCCUCAUCGACAAGUCGGACCUCUUCUUCCACGACUACUCGCUCGCACCGCUCUUCGUCCAGGAGAACUACCCGCAUGUUCGCCCACGGGCCGCCGGUGGGGACCUGAAGGCCCACUUGAUGUUGCUCAGCAAGACGGCUGAUUCCAUCUCUGACGGAGACCUGGUGGACCGACAGAUCCGCUCCAAACAGAACUGGUCGUUGCUGCCCACCCAGGCCAUCUAUGCCAGUGUUUUACCCGGCGAGCUGAUGAAGGGCUACAUGAAUCAGUUCCCCACCUUCCCCAGCUGGCUCGGCAAGUUCUCCUCCACCAACAAACAUUCCCGCAUCGUCCAGGAGCUGGCCUCUCACAUGGGCUUAAAAACGAUGAGCAGCAGACAGGCAGUGAACCUGGACUACCUGCACUACCUGCGGGGGGCGCUGCUCAGCCCCCUGCAGAGGCUCGGAGUGGAGGGCUCCGGCGAGGCGGUGCAGCUGCUGGACAACUACCAGCUUGUCAGGGAAGACGUGGACAGCAUCAUGGAGAUCAGCGUGUGGGGCGGUCAGCCGGACCCCUACUCCAAGCUGGACUCCAAGGUGAAGGCCGCAUUCACGCGGGCCUACAACAAAGAAGUUCACCUGACGCCGUACUCUCUGCACGUGGUGAAGAAGGGCCGCCGCGGCGGGGCGGGGUCCGAGUUGGGAGGAGAGGACGCGGACAACGAGGCGCAGGAGUCGGAGGACGAGGGCGUGAACGCCGACGCCAUGAUCAAACAGAAGAAGUCCAAAGCCACCAAGGAGUCAAAGAAAAAGGAGAAGGAAGAUUCUGGGAAGGGCAGGGGGAAGGGAAAAGGAAAGGCCAAGAAAUGACCGACGACCAGAAGAGGAAACGGAUGGAACUACCUUCCCACAGACUGAAAUGUUCUUUCUGUAAAGAUCCUUCAAUGAGUAUCAGAAGGUAGUGGCUCUGCUUACUGCUCCUCAAACACUGCUAAGAAAGGUUCCCCACCUUUUUUAACUUCUAGUUGUCUUUCUAUCAGAGCGAACAAAUGAUGUAUAUUCCAUCUAUUAUCAUGUCUCCGUAGCAACGUGUUUCUUCCAUCAUCAGUUUGUGGGACAGGUGUUGAGGCUGUAAAUAAUGUGACAGACGCAGAAGUCUGUUCUCUUUGCCACGACUAGAAUACAGAAAUGUUUUAGCUGUACGGUUAGCACUGAGGUUCUUGUAAAUUACAAUUUUUGUAAAAAAAACAAACAUGUCAUGAGGAUUAAAGGGAUGUCGGUCAUGAGUCUCAUUGAUUUCUUUGUUAAAACACUCUCAGGAAAAUGAUUCUGGGAGUUUUCUAUUUUAAAGAUAUCGAAUAUAAAAUGAGUUUGUAAUUAUUUUUUUAUAUGCUAUAUUUUGUGUGCUAUACCAUAUAGUAUUAACUUUUUUUGACAGACCUUACUGUUUUAGUCCAUAACGACUUAUUCAAGUUAGUUAAAUUAGACAAUCAAUCA